CGCUAUCUUGAUCAGAUUGAAAGCCCAUCGAGCAGUACGGACGGGAAAGAAAGAAAGAACGCAGUGGUGGAGUUCCAAUAAGCGAGGGAAGCAGAGAGGCGAUCUUUCAAGGUUCAGAAGCUUUUUCCCUCUGCUUCUUCUCCUUCCAUCCAAUCUCUGUCCUCUUCAAUCCCAAUCUCCUAACAAAAUCUACAAAUUGAAUCAAAGGGAAGAUCUUGAGAGAGAAGGUAGAGGGAGAGAGAGAGAGAGAGAGGAGGGGGAGAGAAAAAUGUCGAAGAAGAAAGUGAGUGGGAAUACCAUGACGCUCAAGGACUUCCAUGGCGGUUCGAUUCCCUCUGAUCUCCCUCUUCCUUCUGCUCCUGGUGUAGUUGUUAGGCCUACGGAUCGUUCGGCUUACGACCGUCCCACCGCUUGGGGAAACCCUAUGGGGCGGGCGGACCAUCGCUCUCGGCCCCACACGUCUCCUGCCACGAGGCAUUUCGAUGACAAGACUCCAUUUCUCACUCACUCCGUGCACAUUGGCCGGAACUUUGAUGAGGACGAGCGCAAGCCACUCGAUGGUGGGUCGAUGCCACGCAGGACCAUUGGGGAUGAUAGCAUUCGGGUUCCCCUGACCCUUGCCGAACCCAAGCAGGCGUUUAUAUCUGCAGGCGUGUCAUCCGGUGUGCCAUCAAGCGUGCAGGCACGGGCUCAAGCACCGCUCUCCCCGAGGGGGGCAGUGAGUUCCUACUUGGAGAGGGUUAGCGAGACAUCCCAUGUUGGAGGGAAUUCUCAUAGCAUAGGUGGCAAUGGCGGCCGUGGUGUUGAUGGGGCUUGUCCGAAUGCAUGGGCAAUGAGGAAGGAGAUGGCGGGUAUAUCUGAGCCAGUGCAAUCUGCUUGGUCUGGACAAAGUGCUGUUCAAAAGCUGGCCCAUGCCAGUGCACUCGAUAAGGUGUCUUCAGGUAGAUGGCAAUCAAAGCCUUCAAUCAAUUAUCAGACAAAUAUCGAGGUCGUUAGAUCUCCCGAAACUGAGAGUGGCUUGCAUUCCAAGGGUUAUGGUAGUGAUACUUACAAGAGGACAGAUGUGAUGGUUGAAAGGGAUGCAGCCUUGGCAAGGUAUGCUGAAAGGGGUCUUCAACUUGAUGGUGUUCAGCUACCUGAUCACGAGAGUUCUAGGGCUCCUAUUAAUUCAGAGCUUAGAGAUAGGAAGCCAACUGUUUAUAACAACAGGGUUCAACCUGCUCCAUCUGAUGGCAAAUUUGGUCUGGCUGAAUUGCAUCCCAUAGUGUCUUCAGAGCCUGUAGAGCGACCCAAGUUGAAGUUACUUCCAAGAACAAAGCCAGUGGAGGGUUUGGAAGCUACAGUAGUUGUUAAUGCACAGAAGUACCAGAGGGUGACUGAGUCCGUCCAUGUCGAAACCGUCAAUGAAGCGUAUGGAAAUACGAAUGCUCCAAAACCUGGUUCGGCAGGCUCUGAUGGUGGGAAACAGGCGGUGGAGCGUCCAAAAUUGAAUUUAAUUCCCCGAUCUCAGCCUCUCGAACACUUGGAAGUAAAUGCCAAAAGAGACAGGGUUGUAUUAUUUGGUGGUGCUCGCCCACGAGAACUGGUUCUGAAGGAGCGAGGGGUUGACGAUGUUGUGAUCACCAAUCCUGACACAGCUCAGCAUUCUGACAAGGUUAAACAUCAAGUUGCCAGGCCUGAUAGAGUUCCUGCACCCGCAAAUCCUUCUCGUCACAGUGAGAAAGCUGAGAAUCAUCCUUUUGAUCAGAGGACUGGAAAGAAAUUCGAAAGGAGGGAUAAUCGGGUAGAUGGUGAGAGAAUUGACAUGCAGAAGAAGAACUGGCGUAAUGAUAGUAGGAGGAACAGCAGAGAGCCUGAGAGACUGCAGCAACAGUCAGAGAGGCCACCAUCACCAGAGACCUGGCGGAAGCCUGAACAACCUAAACCAUCUUCCCCUGAUGCUGUUGGCCUGCAGCACGGGAAAGCGGCUUCAGCUCUUGAGCUUGCGCAAGCAUUUUCCAGAUCAGUAUCCGAUCCAAAAUUAGCUGAUCGGUUUUCUGGCCGAAGGGGCAUUCCUGGCCGGGCCCAAAUGCCCUUUUCACGGCUGAUGGGCCCAACCCCAAGGCCUCAGAUAAAUGGUUACUAAAUGUCCUGUUCCCAUUUCGACAUCACUUGGUGGUAUAGAGAUUCAGAGUUUUGCUGGCGAACUUGUUCGUUUGAAGUAGCUGGGAUUACAAGCAGGCCGACUAAGUCACAUUCACCUGUGAGUGCCUGCCUCCACAAGAAUUGUCCAGUUUCCGCAGAAUGGUUAUUGCCACACAAAAUUGAUUGUGAUCGUCUAGCCCGAGAGGUGUCUUAUCUCUACAACUCUCAUCGUAUUGUGUUUUCUAUUUGUCUUUCCUUUUUCGCGGUUCCGUUGGCACCAUUGAAAAACUGUAUUCUCCUCCCCUUAGGCGGAAAAAGAGUGUUCUGUUUCCUAUGAGGCCAGUUGUAGCAAGAGUUACGCUACAGAUUCUUGUUUUAAGGAGUGUUGUUUUAAUUUCAUUCCUUCCCUUCCUUUUCCCUUAAAAAAGGUUCGGAGAAGUGUUCAUCGA